CACGGGCUUGUUGCCGGUAUAUGGUCGUCUCUUAGUGGUGCUGGGCGUUUUGUUUCACGCGCUGGGACUGGCAUUUUAGUGGACCACAUUGGUUUCCAAAUGACGGCUGUCGUCGUCUUCUCUGUCCAAAUUACAGUGGGACUAGCAACCAUGUGCUUCAUGUUACCAAAGUGCAAGAAAGGGGACGGCAAAUCCGACGGGGAUGACACGACAGUGGAUGCCAUAUCUACGAGGACAACAUCGUUUACUUAUUCGUGGAUAUCGUGGAUGUCGUUCGCCGUUAAAAAAAAAAAAAAAAAAGAAGAUAGCUCCACAUUUCUUCCUCGUUGAAAAAACAGAAUGUUUUGAAGAAAAGAAAAGUCCGUCAGCGUUCGAGCACAACCGACCGCCACAUUCAAUCGUGCGCACUGGGCUAGCAACACAGGUACCGUGUGGCUGGAACUAACUCUUUUUUUUUUUUUUUUUCUAUAGGCGCACAUAUAGAUAGAGGAUUUGGUAUCCGCGCGGGCCAGUCUGCGGGUCGCUGCAAUCCGUUUUACAGUGAAUAGUGCACGAAAUAUCAAUUUGCAUAAGAAAUUCGUUUAGAAUGAGGAGAGCCAACAUCACAGUGCGAAGUUGGCCGUUAAUGUUACGCCCUCAUCAUCUGCGAGCUCUGGCGAUUUUGGUCACCUUAGUCAGCCUGUCUCUACUCUUCUCCACCUUUUCGAUGCGUUCCGGCGACAACCGGAUGUGGAUAAUGGAUCGCCACCACACUCAACAAGACCAAUACACCGACGGAAGGCCAGUCUUGUCGGUUGUCGAUGCCCAUCGCCAACCAGCGUAUAGUGACACUAAUAACAGCCAAACCGAAGCAACUCCAAUCAGCUUUACAUUGACACCGACGACGAGAAGACGACGCCCGACAGAGAUUCACGGGGUGGGAGAAGUUUAUCAAAUAACUAGGAAAUCAGUCAAUCAUCUUCCAGCUGCUGUUGCCAAGAAUAAAAUCAAAUUUCAGGGCUACGUAUUACCGGCAGCGCCGUCGGCUCUCCUCAAAACCCGAAACUUGUUACACAAUAGAACAGUCACCCAGGACGAUAUCAACAACACUUUGACGUUGCUGAACAAGAGAUUGGAAGGCAACAAACAGGAAUUAGAUGCGGAAGUGGAAGCUCAACAACAUGUUGGCUACUGGAACGUAACUCAUCCGAAACGUCUCUUGAUUGUGACUUCAUGGCGAUCGGGAUCAACUUUCCUCGGCCAAAUUCUGUCAGAACAUCCGGGAGUAUAUAACCAUUACGAGCCACUGAUGCACGUCGGACUGGAACAAAUACGACCUGGAGAUCCGAGAGUCGAUUCAGCCAUUCAACACUUGAAGGAUCUCCUUCACUGCAAAUAUUCCAACGAAGAUUUCCUGAAGAAAAUCCAGGAAAGCAUGCAAGACAUGCUGAGUCACAAUGCUCACGUGUGGCAGGCUUGCGUUUUGGGCCCCAAUCGCAACGUUUGUAGCUUGAGACAUUUUUUGGAAGAAGCUUGUCACAAGUUUCCGGCGCUGACUAUGAAAAUGGUGCGUCUGCGAUUGAACUUGACCCGCCAAUUGCUGGACGAUGAGUCGGUGAAAGUUCUUUAUCUGGUGAGAGAUCCUCGAGCUACGAUGAAUUCACGCCUUUCAUCCGUCAAAUGGUGUAGCCAAUCGAUCGACUGCAUCGAUCCUGGCCGUCUUUGCAACGAUAUCCAAAGCGAUCUCGAUGCGUUCGAGUCGCUUUCAACCGAGUUUCCUGGCCGAGUUACUCUGAUCAAAUACGAAACGAUGGCCAAGAGUCCUCACACCACUUUCCGGUCCAUCUUCAAUUUUGCUGGAUUGUUUUACACGCGUAAAAUACGGGAGGAAGUGGAGCGGCACACGUCGAGGGACGAGAACCAUCCGUGGAGCACGGUCCGCAAAUCCGCCGAGCGGGUGGAUCUCUGGCGUCAAAAGCUCGACACUAAAAGCAUCUCGAAUAUACAAUCGGUUUGUUCCAACGUGCUGGCCAAACUUGGCUAUUCCCAGCUGUGAUCCUAGAACUGAAAAUCGUACAAUUUUGUUUCUUAAAUGUCAUAAUGUGUGUCUUCUUUUGUUAUCAUCUUGUAUUUAAAUCGAGCAUUCACAAAAAAUAAACUGCUCUCCAUAG